AUGCCCCGUCGUUGUUCCAUCUACAUCAGGAAUAUACCUGAUUCAUGCAGGUAUUGUGCUUUGUUUGAUCGAAAUUUUUGUAGACAUGAAGAUCUACGGCGUACAUUCGGCCGUUUUGGCCCAGUUGUGGAUGUUACCAUACCAACCGACUAUUAUUCUGGUCGAAUGAAGGGCUUUGCAUUUGUUGAAUAUCCUUUUGACCCAAGAGAUGCCGAGGACGCUCAACGCAGCAUGGAUCACAGUCGCUUCCUAGGUCGGCGCAUUGAAGUCGAGUUUACUCGUGGUUAUCGCAAAACUCCAGCUGAGAUGCGGGAUCGUACUGGGCGCCUCGACCGUCGGCGUUCCAGGUCCGGUUCCCGUCAGUAUUCUCGUCGCUCGCGGAGUUACUCGAGAGGGAGUAACCGUGACCAAAGGGAUUUCGAAAGGCUCUCCCGUUCUCGUUCAAGGUCCCCACGUAACGGUUCCUCCACAAGCCGACUAAGGUCCAACGGGGAUUAUGACGCCCGUGAUGAUUCUCGUAUGUCGCCACGAGAAAUGAGCGGUGAGGACCGGUAUCACCGUCACCGUCGGGGUCGAUCUGGUUCUCCACGCUCACGUUCUGCCACUUAG